AUGUCAUAUGCCUUUGAAGACUACGAUGCCUUUUUGGCGUCAUUCAACAACAGCAACAACAACAUUUCGUUCAAGAACGGGUAUCAACAGAACCUACAACAAUCUGCCGCUGGUAUAGCUCAUAAUUCAUCAAUGAGUAAUUCCAUCACUUCUGUUGAAGAAGAGCUUGGUAUCCUAGAUCCAUAUUAUGACUAUACAACUGCUGGUAAUAGCAAUAAUAAUAUCAAUAAUGUCAAUGCUGAUCUAUAUUUAUCACCAGAUUCAUUGGUCAACACUUCAAGCUCAAACUCACCAAAUGAGUUCAAUCUUAACGGUAAUGGUAAUGAUAUCAAUGUUGGUAAUGAAAAUGGUGAUUUCAACUUUGAAGAAGAAACCAAUCAAGAUUCCCAAGUUAAAAUUGAGUCAAAUUCAAGCUCAUCUGUAACUUCACCAAUUUCACAUAAUAAUAACAAAGUUAGGUUAGCUGAUGCUGUACCACAUUCAUCCAUCUCCAAGCGUAUUCCAAAGAAGGAAAAAUCAUCCCAUAAUAUGAUUGAAAAAAGAUAUAGAACUAAUAUCAAUGACAAGAUCAAUGCCCUUAGAGAUGCUGUUCCAGCUUUGAGAGUUCUAGUUGAUAGUGGUGAUGAUGAAGUUGAUGAUAAUGAAUUGGAUGGUUUACAACCAGCAAAGAAAUUGAACAAGGCUACAAUUUUAUCAAAAGCUACUGAGUAUAUCAAACAUUUGGAAAACAAGAAUGAAACAUUAAGAAAAGAAAAUGAAAACUUGAAAAAUAGAUUAUAUGGUAUUGGUAAUGGUCUUGUCACACCAGAAGGUUCUGCAGAGUCUUCAAAUUUCCAAUCAGAACCAAGACAAAUCUUACAAAGAAACAAUACAACACCAGCAUAUAAUGGUGUAAAUAAUGGUAAUUAUCAAAACCGUGGAUAUGCAAACAAGUUCUUAUUAGGAGGUUUAGCAUGUAUGGUUGGUGCUGGUUUAAAUGAUGAUUUUAACAAUGUUGAUUCCACUAGAUCAUUGUUUGCUCUUCCAGUUUUCAGUUUCAAUCAACAAGGUGCACAAGUGUUAGGAAAACCAUUAUUAAUUAUGUUCAAAGCUUCAUUGAUUUUAUGUGUUUUAUUGAAUUUUGUUUUCCCAAAUAUUUUCCAAAAUAGAAAAGAUAAGAAACAAUCACAAACCGAUUCAAAUAUCGAUGUUGAAGAUAUAAGAAAUUUAUCAAAAGCUUCAAUCUGGAAAACUUUUACAAAUAAUAAAGAUGAUACAAAUAACAAUUACAUUAAAAAAGCAAUGAUUAGAGCUAUAAAAUUGAAGAUUUCUACAUUAACUCAAGAUUUCAUUUCACAAAAAUUUACAAAUUUCUAUGUUGAACAUUUAUGGAAUUAUUUGAAAAAAGUUAAAUUAAAUGAAAAAGGACAAGAUUAUGAUAUUUUAAAAUCUGUUUUAUCAUUAUCAAAUGAAGAAACUAUUCAAAAUGAAAAUCAUAUUAGAUCUUUAUUACAUCAAGAAGUCAAAUUAAAUGUUGAUUCUGAAAUUUCAGAAAACAUAACUGAACAUCCUGAGGAUUAUAAUAUAAUUCACGUUCUUUACAAUUUGAUCAACGAAUCCCAAACCAAUAAUAUUUUAGCAAAAUUCAUGAGUGCUACUAUUGAUUCAUCAUUUGAACCAAGAGAUGCUGAAUUUACUGAAAAGAGUAUAAAUAUCGAAUUACAAGCUUUAUUCAAUCCAAUUGAUGAAAACAUUGCUAAAUUCAAAGAAACUUUAUCAAAAUUGAGUGUUAAUGAUGUUAAAGAUGAUGAGAUCUUCAUUAUGUAUGCAUCAAUUAUUCAAAACUUAAUCUUUAUUAAAAAAGAUUAUCAAAGUGCUAAAAAAUGGUUCAAAAAAAUGGAUUUCAAAUUAAUUAAUCAAUUUGAUUUACUAGGAUUCACUUCAUUAUAUAUUAUAAUUUCAAGUAUGACAAAAUAUCAAGAAUUAUAUCAAGAUGAUCAAGAUAUAAUUUCACAAAUUGAAGAAAUUUCAGGAAUACUGAGAAUUUGGCUUGGUAAUAAUUCAGGUUCAAGUUUAAAAUUUGAUAAAAGAUCUCAAUUGAUUGAAUUUUUUGUCAAUGUCAAUUUAAAGAUCAAUGGUUUAGAAACAUUAAAGGGUAGAAAAGCUGUUGUUGCUUAA